AUGGCCUCUGCGGCGCCUCGGCGUCCCAAAAAGGUGGCCAAGUACGACGAAUAUGGCAACUAUUUAGGCGACUUUUACGAAGAUCCCACACCAUCUCCCGCACCGGCACCCCCCCCUGCCCCCGUCCCACCUACACCGUCCCCUACAGCGCCGGCGCAGCCUGUUGCCUCUGGUCUUCAGGCACGAGCUACGACGCAGGCCCGACCGACGCCCUUGCCGCGGCCGCCCUCAGCACGUGCGAAUAUGGGCACAAAACGUGGUGCUGCUCCUCCUCGCAGCCCCAGUGCUACGUACUAUUGUGGUGUAGACACUUCUGUGGACUCGCUACCGUCGCGAUGUGCAUUUACUGCUUCGAGUGACCUGGAGUUGAUGCUGCACCGUGCUGAUCGGCAUUUGAUAUACCCACCUGGCGGCCUAGAUGAGCUACGCCGUCGCGAUCCUAUGCGUGUCGCCGAAGAACGCGAGCGCCUAGCCCGGCAACGCAAAGGCGUGGCUCGGGCGGCGGAUGGACCCCCUGACUCUACCAUCUUAGGCCUGAACAUCAAGCUGGAUACCCCGGAACUGAUCGAAGAAUGGAUUCGACAGCGACGCAAGCGAUUCCCCACCUCCGCUGUAAUCCAAGAAAAGGCUGCCAAACAGCGAGAGCGUGAGCAGAAGCGACUAGCACGACAGCAGACGACACUUACCCCAGUGGUGCCACUGGGCGUGUCGAAAGACACAGCGUCCAGCGACUCGGAGAGUGAGCCAGAUACCCAGCCGAUUCUGUCGCAGGAGGACCAACAUGAUCCUACUUCUUCUUCUUCGUCCUCAUCUUCUUCUCCCUCCGAGUCGUCGUCUGACUCGGACAUGGACGAAGAGCGGGAUGCGAUCUCGUCCAAAAUCGAGCCGCCUUUGCGUCCUGAGGAUCUUUCCUGCGAACAGGACUCGGCCCAGCCGAGCGAGCCACAUCGAAAGCGUCCUAGUACAACUGAAGACAAGUCUGUACGUCGCGUCGUACCUCGCCGAGCGCCGCCCAAUCCGUUCGAAGCACCAGACCUGUUGCGACAAUUGCUGGAAAGGGAAAUCUUGCAGCAUGUCGAUGCUCUGGCGCAGUUCUUGCAGUUCUUACUGGACAACGAUAUGCUGAUGCACGUCGAACGCAACGUAGGCGAUGCUGCAGCGCAGCGAGCGCGUCGGGAGCGUGUCGUUGUCUUGAACGGCCCAUCCACGGCUCCCUCGUCGCCCCCCCUCCGCGCUCUAAGUGAGCUGCAGUGGCCGGACGAGCCGGACCCAUUGAUCUAUCUCGAUCCGUUACGUGCGUCCGAUCCCAAGCCGCUACGCCUCGCGGACUUGGAGGCGUUAGCGACCGAUACUACUCUGCGCGAUAUGCUUCAUCCACGAACGGCGCAGCAUCCCCAGGGCGAAGAGAAUCGCAGCUUGCGGCGUGCGCUGGAGACAUGGGAAGCGCUGCCGACCUCGCGGCAUCGCGACGCAGCGCUGCAGCUCAUUCUCGGUGUGAGUGCCCACAGUCCCAUGCAUGCGCACGAGGCGUAUAUGCCACCACAGCAACGCACACGCAGCGUGCCUGUGCGUGGCUCGAGUCUGCGUUCUCAUCGCGUGAUUGGCGAGACGGAGUUGUUCCGUUUAGGUCUGCGCGUAGCGCCGAACGAUGUCGAAUUACUGCAGCACAUGGCAGAGCGUGUCGCGGUGAUUACCAAGGGGGUCGAGUAUGAAUACAGUCUAUGA